GCUGUGAGAACAAGCGAGCUAACAUCCAGUGUCCUAAUAUGUUCUGGCAGCUCAGACCUGUUUACAGCUUUAGCCUUCACACGUCAGACAACAGAUGACGACACUGCUCUCAGCCUCUUUGACAAUCAGUUCCUGUGAUCAGUAGAGAGGGCAUAAACCAAAUAAUCUAGUAGCCUAAAUAAUAUUUGGAAAACAUAGUGAAAACUGUAUAUGUAUAUUAGAGACAUUUGAACAAAAGACAGUCACAGUCAAGUGUCAGCUUUACACACGUGGACAAAAUUGUUGGUACCCUUUCAUCACAGAAAGAAAACCCAGAGCAGUCACUGAAAUAAGUGGAAAUUGUGGCCCAACAGAAUUAUUUUCAAAGACAAACUAAUGAAAGUGCCCUGGACAGAAAUGAUGGUACCCCUAAGUUUAUUUUUAGUUGUGCAGCCUUUUGAGGCAAUCACUGCCAUCAAACAAUUUCUGUAAAGCUCAGUAAGACUUGUGAACCUGUCAGGAGGUACGUUGGCCCACUCUUCGAGAGUACACUAUGCUACAGGUGUCUCAUCUUCAAAGACUGGUCGCCAGUUGCCAGUUUGGCAGAUUGGACAAACAACCAUUAACACUGACAUUCAGACCUAUGAACAAUUUCAAGUCUUCAAUAAAUCUGUGAGGAAGCCGGAGUACCAGGAGAAAACCCAUGCAACAACGAGGAGAACAAACUCCACACGAGAUAGUCGAACCUGGAUCUACUGACUAUGAGGCAGAUGUGCUUACCACAUGUUCCACCAUGAUUAUAGAAAGCCAGAAGAGGUUUUAUGUGAAUAAUUAAUAUAAAUACACUUUUUUUUUUUUUUUUAAACCGAUUGUACUCAGAGUGACGGGUGAGCUGGAGCCGCGAGGCGGGCUACAUCCUGGACUGAAAAACAUUCCAGAUAUAAAGUUUUUAAUGUUCUAAAUCUCCCCAAAGGUUAUUUUAAUCAAUUAGUAAACAUCACAAUAUUACCAUGUGAAAGCAUUUUUCUGUAUUAUUUACAAUUACUAUAAUUAUCAUAUUACUGUAACAGACUUACACAAUACAAUGAAAUAUACAGUGACCGAUUUACUAUUGCGGAACAUUUGUCUUUCACUGUUUCCUGCUAAGUGCGCUGCUACAUGUUGUUUGUUUGUAUAAUACAUUUGUCAAACAUGAAGAGAGUAAGUUAUGACACUUCAAUAUUGUUGAAAUUGGUUGGGGUAAUGGUGGGAUGAUUUGCUUGCUCCUGGUUGGGCAAAACUGGGGCAAAUUAUUUAUUUGAUGAGGAGCCGCAUAAAGCCUAGCAUUCUGACACUCAGAAACUCUAUUUUGAUACCAUUUUGAGCCCCAAACAGUGUUGCACCCUUUUCAUUGUGGGUGCAGGAUGACUUUGCCCUUGUGUGCUAAUGUCAUCCCUUACUCAUCAGAGGAUGGAGACAUUUGGGAUGUGGAUAAACUGAUCCUUUAUCUAUAUCACCAGGCUGCUUUUCUGUGACCUUGCUGCCUGCCGUUUCAUAGCAUUGCCUUACUGUGCAAAUCAGCAAUUAUCCCAGCAAUUCAAACAAACGACACACACAUUGUCUAUUGUGACACACAUUCUGAGCAUUUUUUAACAGUCCAUCCCCCCACACUCACUCACACACGCACCAUGACACACACACAACACACACAGACGCACGCGCGCACAAUCUAUGUGAGGCCUGCCCCCCACACACACUCAUACCAAUUGGAGAAAGUACUUUGUGCACUCACACACUGACUGGGCAGGAGAGAGAGAGAGUCUGGUGGGUGGAGGUGGAUGGAGACAGAAAGAGACAGUGGGACUGCGGAGCGAAGCCAGACCAGACACAGAGGAAGAGAUGCUGCUCGUAAAGAAGGGAUACCCAACACUGACUGCAGAGGGGAGACAGAGAGAGAGACUGUAUAAGUAGGAUAAGAAUGGGAGUGCAGAAAUAGGAAGGGGAAGCGGGCCUUUCCAGCAUAGAGGAGGAAGAGAGUAAAUUGUUGUUCCAGAGGCAAGAGGGAAUGUGAUGGGAUGGCAUUGAUCCCUGGGAACUGUCGCUUCUUGGGCCAGAUGGCGUCUUGUUGCUGCAGACCGCUGCUCAACUCCUCCUGCUGUGGACCCCUCAUCAAAAUCUGCCUCUCCUCCCUCACAGACAUAUCUCCUGCUGAGCUGGAUGCUUUGUGGAGGGAACCACCAUAUGCUCUCGGGGGUACCCACGAACACUUUUCAGGAAAUUACAUCAUGACUGAAGGAGAUGAUGAGGAUGGCCCACUGGUGGAGUCAGUUGAAGAAAAGCUGGAACCAGAAAACUACUGGAAGAAGAAAGAGCCCUUUCUUAGAGGAAGUCGGGUGACACAGGGCGAGAAAUGCUCCUCGGAAAUUAUGCUCUUUUUUACUGGACGCCGACGCUCCAGUGAGGACCCUGAUCGGGCUGUCCAGGAGGCCUUGCGCACCCGGCUCCGAGUAGUGGAGAGCAACAGCAAAGACGUCACCCAGUUGUUUAAGGACCUGUCUGCACGUCUGGUGUCUGUCCAUGCAGAGAAGGACAGCUUUGUCCUCACAUUUAAAACUGUAGAGGAAAUCUGGAAGUUUUCGACUUAUCUAGCAUUAGGUUACGUGGCACGCUGCUUGGAGAACUUCCUGUGUGAUCAAUCCUUCUGGCUGGAGCCAAAACUGCUCAGCGACUUGGAGAUUAAUGUAACAGUUAACGAGGAUCACCUGGCCACCCUCUACCUUGAGCUUUUACUCCAGGAAGGAUCUUUCUUUGCUAAGGCGCUGUACACAAGAAGUGACGAGCAUGACGAAGAUCAGCUGUCUUUCCAAAAGAAUGAUCUUCUCAUGGUGAAGGACACAGGACAGGAGGAAAUGUGGGAGGGUACACUGCUCUCCACUGGACACCAUGGCCUAGUUCCUGUCAAUGCCACUCAGCCACUUCCAUACCCUUUUUACCAGUGGUUCCUGAGGAAUUACCCAGGUUAUGCAGGGUGCUCGCCGACGGAGAAGGAACCAUUUGAUCAUCCACUUGUGACAGGUUCGUGUGUGGCGGUGGUCGACUACAGUCCAACCGUUCAAGAUGAACUCCAGCUAAGUCAAGGGGAUGUUGUAGAGAUUCAGGGUCUACUUAUUCGAGGCGUUGGCCUCUUCAUAGGAAAAAACGUCUCCACUCGUCGUACUGGCUUCGUCAACAAGGCCCAUGUCAAGCCUCUGGACACCAUGUCCCUAGACAGACAUUUGGUCUUUCUGACCGAGGAGGAGCGAGACACGCUGGCUCAGAUGAGCCUGUUCAGCUCUGAGCCGUGUGAUAGCAACUUACUGGAAAGGCUCUUCUCAUCUGACAUCAGCUCUGUGUACAGGCUAGACAGGCUGGAUGAGUCUGACUUCAUGUACAUCAGGAAUCGGCCCAAGCGUGAUCACAAGGUCCCUGCUAGCACACGUCAGAGUGUCAUGUCAGAAAAAAGCGGUGGAACGCCCCCGUACCACUCCUCCCCCCGCCCAUCGCUAUCACACUCGUCCCCCCGUGUGUCGCUCUAUCAGUCCCAGAAUCCUCUGGCACAGGAGGGAGAGCGCCUGUCCUUUACUCUAGAUGACACAUUCAGGGACCUCAAUGAAUUCCACGAGGACCUGCCUCUCUUCUUGGAGGAAACCAGUUGGGAGGGGGACGAGUCAGAAGUUAGCGACCCGACGUUGACCCUCCUAAACCAUGACCACUUCCAGGAAGACUUCCUGCCCCUGUAUGACCUCCAGUGUUCCUUUCUGUGGGUGACCUUCAAUGGGAAGGGCGAGAGUGCAGUCUCAGGACAGCUUGAGAGUGUAAGGGAGUGUGCAAAGAGGAUGGGCAUGCACUGGGCACAUAGGCGAGCAUGCUUCCUCCUGGGAAGACUCUGUGCCAGGAAGCUGAAGCUAUCCCAGGCUCGCGUGUAUUAUGAGGAAGCUCUGAGUGUUCGUGUGGACAAUUUCAGUGACACACCACUUUUGAUCGCACUCCUAACCAACCUCACAGCUGUUUACCUGAAGCAGCGUAUGACAGAUAAGCUGCCCCUCACCCUGGAAAAGGCCAGCGCCAUGCUGCUCUGUCUUCCCAACCAUACCUACACAUCCUCAGAUGAAAUUGAGCUGCUGAAGCUGCUUCUGAGGAGAUCCAUGGUAAUGGGGGAUAAAUAUCUGGAGGCCCGUGUGUGCUACCUUAUCGCCAGCCUCUUCCUGCUUCUAAGGAAACCUGAUGACGCUCUUCCCUUUGUUGAGCGCCUACAGUUCCUCUCCUCAACUCUCUUAGCCAACGAAGGGCUUCCUAUAGUACCUCUGGACCUCAACUGGCUCUUGAGCUUGCUCUAUCAUCGUAAAUACAUGCCUCACCUGGUGUUGGCUUCUCUGAGCCUCGACUCAAGACAAGACCACUCACUCCAUGAUGCUUUCCAGAGGAUUGAGAGAUUUAUUAGGAAUUCAGCUCGCCUGAACCCAUUCUGGAAGGAAGGAACCUCCCUGCUCCCUGCCCAGAUUGUGGUUUACCUCCUGCAGACGCUGGCUAUAGCUGAGAAAGAGAGGGACUUGAAGAUGCAGAGGGACCUAUGUCUGGGCUUGGCCUCAGUUUACCAGCAGUAUGGUGCCCUUGAUAAGGCUGUGCAAUGUGCUCAACGAGCAGUGGAGACGGGAGGCUUCAUCAAUGAGGAGGAAGGCUUUGAGGCCUCUGUGCUGCUUGGCUGGCUGCUGGUUUUAACAGGGCAGGCUGAGAUGGCUCAGGGUGUCCUACAGCCACUUCUUAUGUCACUUGAGGGAACAGAUAGCUCCACUCAAAGAGGCGUCAUCCACAAUCUCUUGGCUUUAUCUCUGAGACAGCAGGGCUGCAUACCAGAAGCAGGCUGGCAACUUUACUCGGCCUUGGUGAUAGGCCGCGAAAGUGGAAACCAGAGGAAUCAGGCCCUGGCACUGGCCAACUUAGGCUGCCUGGCACUGGAUACAGGGGCGUCUACAUUGGCAGAGCAUUUCUUGGUCAGAUCCCUGCACCUUUUUCUUGACAUCUGGGAGAGCCCCACAGAUGAGGAGCAUGUGCAGACCUUCCUUUGGUUGGGGAGGAGCUACAAGAAUAGGGGGAAGAGUCACCACAUCAGGUCCUGUUAUGAAAUGGGACUUCUGAUUGCACUGCAUGCUAGAAACCUGCCCAGUCAGUUAGUGGUGGCCAAGGUGCUGAGUCGACUGUAUUCCGACAUGCUGCUUUACGGUCAAAGCAUCGUCUAUUAUGAACACUGUGUGUCAGUAGCCAGAGAGCUGAAGGACAAGAGACUUGAAGGAGAAUACCUUGAAAUCCUAAGCAGUCUUUACCUCUCACUAAAUACUGAAAGAUCAUCUCUUAAGUCUCUAGAUUACACCAAGCAAAGCCUGAGGAUUUCCAUUGAUUUGGGCAAGAAAGAAGAAGAGUCUGAGACCUGGUUGCAGGUGGGAAGGAUCUAUUAUCUCAUCCAGGAGGAUGAGUUGGCCGACAUGUACCUGCAGGCAGCAGUGAAGACAGCGCUUAGAAUGAACGACCCUCAUUUUUCGAUGAGCAUCUAUGAAGAAGCGGGGGACGUCUACUUUAAAGGGCACAGGAACAGAAUGGCAUCAGUACCUUUCUACAGAGAUGGCGGUUUACCAUUUUCCCGAAGUAUCAGAGAUAUCCAUUCAGAGUUCCGUUUGUUGAGUAAACUAACAGAACUGUUAAUGGACCAGGGGGAGCAGGAAGAGGCUCUGCAAUAUGCUUCACUAGCGGUUGAAAUGGCAAACAAAACCGGUACGAGCAAAGCCACUGAGCUUGGCUGUAUGAUGUCGAGUUUACAGCUUCAGUGCAGCAGCUCCAUAAUUGUUUUUGCAGGUGUGUGUAUGAAUGAGAGGACAGCCUACCACCGACUGGCGACAGUUUACUACAGCCUUCAGGACUAUGAGAUGGCCGAGAACUACUAUCUCAAGUCCCUGUCUCUCUGUCCGCCUGUCAUGCAGCACCCAAUGGAGGCUCGCUACUACACUCAGGUCUACUGCAGGCUGGGAAAUCUCACUCUGCACAAACACAAGGAUUCUUUUGAUGCAUUGGGUUAUUUCCACCUUGCUCUGGCAGCUGCCCUGGAGGAUCGAGCUAACCCAGAGGCUCUGUACGUCGUGUAUAUGAAGCUGGCGGAGAUCCACAGCAACCACGUGCCUGACGCUCAGCAAUGCCAGCUGUAUAGAGACCGCGCCCAUAGCCUGAAGAGAGUUCUGUCAGGAGCAGGGGACUCUGCUGUGAAUGAGGAUAUUGGAAAAGAUACAAGUGAAGACUGUGAUAGUGACCCAUUCCCAAAAACUUGUAGGAUGCAAAUAGAUACCCACAGGGACACUGAAAUUGUUAAUGAAGUUGACAACAGGAGAGAGGAUGUCUACAUUCCUCCUCCUGACACGAACAAUGAGUUUGUUGACAUCUCUGCAUUUAUCAUCAGUCAGUCUUACAGUGAGAGUAUUUUGACUGACUCCUUUGACACAGCCAGGGAGCAUAUGUCGGACUCCUGCAGCUCCACGGACACUGUGCAAACUUCCCCGAAAGAGAUAAAUGCAAAUGAUUUGACCUCAACUAACAUCAGUCCCCAUUCCGAGAAGGAAACGGUCAUGGAUCCACAUCUUGAGCAGAAAGAUCCCGCUCAGAUAGACAGCAGUGCAGAUAACUUUCCAUCCUGAGUGGAUUCACAUGGACUUCCACACAAAAAAACCCCGUGGCACUUUAUGUUCUUCAUUUCCUAUUUCUGGUCACGUGUCUGAGCCGAAUGCAAUGUUUCAACAAAAUGGCACUUGUUGUAUAGCAUGAGAUGAGGGUUAUAAUUCACUUUAAAUUGUGUGCCUUUUUAUGAUGUAGUUACCAUAUUAGAAUACUGUCGUAAUUUUCUACAUCUUUUAUACCUCUGUAAAAUGUCUUAAGUUUAUGUCAAUAAGACUAAGUCCAUGACAAUAUCAAUAAAUUAUUUUUGUCUAAUAUUGACAGUGAGAACACUCAA